CGAGUGCACCGAAAUGGGCGGAUGGUGCGAUUCACAAAACACACUUACGUAGCUUCGGUUACUUACUGUGCGUAAUCGCAAGCCGGGUUGUCUGUCACUAUUUCAGAGAGCAGGGAAGAAAACGCAAGGAAAAAUGUCGAAGCGACGGAUCACCCAGGAAACCUUUGAUGCCGUUGUCCGGGAAAACAUGGAGGAGUUUGAGAUGGAUCCAGAUGAGGCUCUGAGGGAAGCGGUGGAGCAGUUUGAGUCUCAGGGUGUGGAUCUCAGGUGCAUAGUGAAAGUUGUACCGACUGCAUCAUCUGAUGACAAUCAAGAAGAGCAACCGCAUGAGGUCUUACAGGCUUUGGAGUCUCUCUGCGUUGGGAUGGACACCGGCGCUCUUCCUGAUCUGAAAGCAGAAAUAACAUGCUUCACCGAGCAGUGCUCCCUUGGAUUCGCGCAGAGGUACCUUGCCGCUCAGAAAGACGCGUACCCCGUCAUCCUCUCCUGCUGCAAAAAGAGCACGGAGGAGCAGGAUUCUGUCCUCGCUGCGCUGUCGGCUCUGGCUGCGCUGACAGAUGGACAGCCGGACUUGUUGGACGAGGAGGGCCGACGGUUCCUUUUAGAUGUUCUUCAGAAGUACCAGGCAGAGCCCUCGGUGACGCGCGGCGCCAUCCGCGCGGUGCGUCACUGCUGCAUAAAACACGAGCAGAACAGGCAGGAUCUGGUUAAAGGUGGCGUGCUGCCGCUGCUGACUGGUGCCAUAGCGCGACACAGUGGAUGCCCCGAGCUCGUGAAGGAGGCCUCGCUGGCCCUUAGGGUCAUGACGUUCGACGACGACGUCCGAGUUUCGUUCGGACAGGCCCACGAACACGCCAAGAGUAUUGUUCUCGAGCACAAUGGACUGAAGAUUUUAAUUGAGGCCGCGAAAGCUCACCGUAGCAACACUUCUGUUCUGAGUGAACUGUGUGCCACUUUAUCCCGACUGGCUGUCAGGAAUGAGUUCUGUCAAGACAUCUGCGAUCUGGGAGGAUUAAAAUUCAUGAUGACUUUACUUGCAGACAGCUAUGAGUCACCGGAGUUGGUCCGGCAGGUCCUUAGCGCCAUACGUGCACUAGCAGGAAACGACGACGUGAAGGACGCAGUUGUUAAAGCUGGUGGUGUUGACCUGAUUGUCGUGGCCAUGAACCGACACACGAGCAACCCCGCUGUCUGUGAGCAGGGCUGUGCGUGCCUCUCUGUCCUUGCCUUACGAAAACCCAACAACUGUAAGGUCAUCAUGGAGAACGGGGGAGCCAUGGCCGCCGUGCAGGCCAUGAAGACUCAUCCUGAUGCGGUGAAUGUACAGAAACAAGCGUGCAUGCUGAUAAGAAACCUUGUUGCAAGAGUGCGUACCUACAACCAACAAAUCCUGGAGCUGGGAGCAGAAGCUCUGAUCGUUCGGGCUUUGCAGACUCAUGAAGACUGUGGGGAUUUGGGUAAAGCUGCUCUCAGAGAUCUGGAAUGCAAAGUGGAGCUGCGAGAGCUGUGGACUGGGAAACACGGCAGCAUCGCCAACUGAGAGUGGAAUAAAACCGCCGGGUACAUGCAGCGACUUUAGUAACUGCAGAAAAUAACGUAAGGUUGUACACUGUUCAUGGAUAAUAAUUAAUACAUAUAAACCUACCUGUGAUGUAGAUGUUGGUGCAGUUAAUGCUGAUUAAACCCAGUUAUCAAUUUUCCAUUAAGACUGAUAUUUCACUCACGUGAAACUCGGUGCAAAAAGGAAUUUGGAAUUCCUUUUUUUUUUUUUUCAAUCUUACAUUUUUAUGUUCAUUUUUUGUCCUUUCUGCCUGAAUUUGUUGUGCAGCACUAAGAAUUUCUCUCCUAUGUUGGCUGAGCCACGUAUUUAACACAAAUGCUCUAUGCUGCUAUAUUAUUUUUUUAUACUUUGGUUUCAUCCUCCCUUCGUUGUUUAGCAUCUUUAUAUUAUACUGUUCUUGUACCUAUUCAUAAAGAAACCAUUACCAAAUUUCCAAACUCGCCUUAAAUGAAAAAAAGUAAACAAGUGUAACAGAAAUAGAUUUGGUUGUAUAUUUAUGUUGUACCCCGCCUGUGGCCCGCUGACUGCUGGAGAUUGGCAUCUGCCCCCCUGUGACCCUGCAAGGACAAGCGGGUAUAGACUUCUAUCGUAGAUGAACUGUAUUCAGUGUUGUCCUUGCUCCUUUGUAGGUCUUUGUAUGAUUGAGUUUGUCGUGAUAGUCUUAGGACUAUUUACAUUAUGUGGUUGAGGUAUUUCACUGGCCUAGAACCAUCAUGGUAAAAUGCUGGAAUGUGAUCUUCCUUUAGCAACAGGCAGAAGACAUCUUGUUGUAAUAGGUUUUAUAAGACCAACUUAAAGCUUGGUCUCUAAGAUAAGAUAAAUGGUGAAAGUAGAUGUACAGCAACAAACUGGCUGCAGGCCACUCUGGGCAGUAUUUCAGCUUGAUCGUCCCUGAUCGGUGACCGCUUUGCCAGAAACUCUAAAAUUACGAUCUUUUUCCAUUUUGAUGUCAGGUCGUGCUAACCGCAACACUUCGUGUUUUUUUUUUUUUUUUUUUUUUUUUUUGGUUUAGUGGGUAAAUGCUCAAAGUUGGUUAUUACAACACAGGGAUGGAGAAAUCAAUGUGAAAUGAAACUAUUCUCUACAAUAUGUAAAGAUCUUUCAUCAAUCAUCA